AUGAAAGAAAGGCAGAUGGACACCACGGGACUGGGCGAGCACCGAGCGAUGAUCCUUCUAAAGGCCAAAAACGAGGGACCUGGUUCUGCGGCUCUUUCUGGACAAAAGGUGGCUUUAGCGCAUUCCGUUCCAGGCUCACUGGCAGCGAACGAUUGGACCCCGAAGUUGCAGACCACCACUGCCAAUGAGGCGACUGGAAUUAAGGCAGUGGCCAACACGGGCAAGUUCUUGUACUCUCGCCCACGUGUGGCGCCGCACCAACGCCACCAUUCAUUCUUGCAGGACCUCGCUCACGUGAGGCUGAGCCCCGAGAUGGCGUCCAGCGAAGCUCCCCUGAAGCUGCGGUUGGAUGGGCCAUUUGGAGCACCGGCGCAGGGAUACAGAGACUACUCCGUCAUGCUGUUGAUUGGAGCUGGUAUUGGUGUCACUCCAUUUGCGUCCGUGCUCAGCGAUCUGGUCCACAGGAUGAGAAAUAUUUCUCAGGGAUCUGCUGUCCCACGUUUCCAGAAAGUUUACUUCUACUGGAGCGUCCGCUCGCAGUCCGAAGUCUUGUGGUUCAGCCGCGUAUUGGAGGCCAUCAGCAAAGAAGAUGUGCUCAAAAUUUUGGAUCUGAACAUCCACAUAACGGGUCUGAGACAAUCUAACGACGUGCGAACGCUGCCUCUCAAGCUGGCACAGGUGGCGGUACACAAGCAGACGGGGAUGGACGUAAUGUCGGGGCUUAACGGCCGGGUCCUGACUCGAUUUGGCCGCCCUGACUGGGCCAGAGUCUUCCGCGACCUGCAGAUCCGACAUGGCAAGGAAAAGAAGAUCGGUGUAUUCUACAGUGGCCCAAACACGCUGGCGUCGGUGCUCAAGAGACUGAGCAACAAGUACUCCAAGCAUGGAACCACGUUCAAUUUUACGAAAGAAGCUUUUGGGUACUGGUGA